AUGGACCACCUGGCGAGCCUCCGCCCCGACAGCCAGCGCCUGCGCAGGGUAUCGGGCCCUUCUCCGCCCUCAUCACGAUCCCCUUCCACCUCUCCCCCUCCAUCGUUGCGCCUGGAGAGCCCCUUCUCGCUGCAGACCCGCCGUCUACAGCUUCGCAACGCUGGUUUUCGCGGCGCCCAGCUGUCUACCCGCAAGAUCUCCGACCACCUUGCAGCCGCGUACCGCUCGCCCUCAUGGGGUUCGCCGGACCUCGGCUCAGAUAAAGAAAACAGUCCCCAGUCGACAAUCCUCGUCUCCUCGGCCAGCAGGAACUCUUCCUCUCGUCGUUCUGUGCUUCAGGAAUCUCAUGGUUCUAUACAUCGUGGCCAACAACAACAACAACAACAACAACAACAACAACGGCACCCCGCGCGCCCGUCCGUGACGGAUUUAUUUAACAAUAACAAUAAUAACAACAACGACGAUAACCACGGUUCCCCAUAUGAGACAAUCUCGCAGCCCUAUAUCUUACCGAACAUUCCGGCUCGGUUCGACGGCUCGUUGAUCUGCGAGGACCCGACUGCCACCGAUACAAGAGAUCAUUCUUACAGCAGUGACAGCCCUCUACUGCAGACGUCCCCCCCGAUUCUCCACGGCAAGAGAAAAGACCCGCGCCGGCCCAAGGCCAGCUACGAGACCAUCAAGUACAUUGAACAUCUCGAAGCGCAACUGGAGAGCCACAUGGAGAACUCCAAGCCGUCGCCGACCCGGCCGACGCACCUGGCUAAGAUGCGCGCGUUGACCGCCGAGGUCAAGGCGCUGAAACAGGAGAUCGCAGAAUGGAAAGCCAGGUUCGACGCCCGGGUUGUCGAGGAGAUGGAGAAACAUGAAGAAAAGAUUCAGGCUCUCGAGAGUCAGGCGGAGAUGGACCAGUCGCGGAUCCGCGAGCUGGAGUAUGAGAACGAGAUGCAGGCAACCAAGCUGCGCAAUGCCGACGCCUUGAGCCUCACCAACGCCAAUCUCGAACGGCGAGUCGAUGUGUUGACUGAACUGCUUGCCCAAUCCCCCUCGAGACUGGACCCUAUCCGCAGCCCUGGCCGUGGCUCUAACCCGUGGUCUCCGGACCGCGCUGGCCAGAGACAGCAGCAGCGAUUGCCUCGCCCCAAGUCCAUGAUGCCUUCUAUCCCGCUGUCACCCAGCCAGCCCCUGGUUCUGCCCGAAUAUUCCAUCCCAGAUGUUACUACUACUCAAGAAGACACGUGUGAGAGCAUUCACAGCUGCUCGCAGGAGACGGACAGCUCGGGCGCCGCCUCGGUGUCGCUAGCCACAUCGCAACGAUCGUCGAUGACCUCGCAGUCAUCGUCGUUGUUUUCGUCCGUUGCCAGCCUGCCGUUCCACAUUACUCCAGAGUAUCAGGCCAAAAUACGGAACAGGGUCCGCAAAAUGAGACGGUUCCCAUCCGGGUCGUCGACUCUGAGACCGUUGAUCUUGCCUGCCGCGGCUGUGAGUCAUGUCACCGCUGACGAGCAGAGCAUUGUUGUAGAUCCUGCUGUUUUCCUUGAACAAGAGCUGCCGCCCUCCUCCGAACUGCCUUCUGAAGACGCUCACCUCUGGGCUUAUGACGAAUCUCUCGCCGCCCUGGAAGGAAGAGCUCCUUUCUACCACUCGUUCGAGGAGGUCCAAGACGUGCAGACGACAGGGUACGAGAGUCCAGGCCCCAUGCGCGGGCUAGGCUUGGAAUUGGAGGAACCCUUCCCACGGUACGGGACAAUCGCCGAGGAGAUCGACGGCUCGUUUUUCGACGAAUCAGAUGAAGAUGGCGAGGAGCAGCAGGAGCAGCAUGAAGGUUCCCCAGACGAAAUCUACCAACCUACCCAUGGAUACUGCACGACCACGCCCACCAAACAACGCCGGUCGCUUUACGCAGGAAGCUGCGGCAGUCCAGCACACAGUACACACACGCCUACACAAUCCCCGACGUCAACCUGGCCGCCUGAGCCGUCGCAAACCCCUCGCGAGCUGGUCCGGUGUAUUCUGCGCAACGCAUGGCGCAGCCGCAGCCGCAGCACCUGUUUAACCAAGCUGGGGCGACUACCGUGGUGGAUGCUGGGGUUGAUCUGGCGGAGGGAGGACCAGCCCAAAACAAUGAUUAUUAAUAACAACAAUAAGAAUAAGGAGUCGGAGACAGGGCAUGUCACCGCAGACACAGGGUUAGGUCUCGAUCCAGGGUUAGGCGCCCUCCGCAAAUCUCUAUCCCUGUGGGCCAAGUUUUCGCUCGCCCUCGUACUCGCCAUUGGGAUUGCGGUUAAGGAGGGGCCAGCCAACUUGAUGGAGUCUCCUACUGACCCAGUCAAACCUACAGAGCAUUCAAGUUCAACUACUUGUACCGACUGUACCGACUGUAACGACUGUACCGCCACGAAACCCCAAAUUACAAACUAUUGUUCACUCGGCUCGAAUAACAGGAAUAACUGGUCUUGGGCCUUCUUGGCACCCACCCUGACACUUGGCAGCUUGCUCCUUGGGUAG